AUGGGGGGCAAUAGCAGCUCGCGCCACGUUUCCUUCGACCCUGCCUGUGAUGAGGAGGGGGUUACAUUCGUGAAGGGCAUUCGGCUUUCACAAAGAGUGAUUGAUCGUAUGAAGGAGUCUCCACCUGUGGUUCACCCGCAAGCUUCACCCAAAUCCUCUACCCAGUCAACAGCUCCUGUAGCUCCUCCGGUUGAGCGAUGGGUUCCAGGUGAACAUCGUGUACCCAUAAUCCCUCAUCCACCCUCAUAUGCCAAUACUUUGGUUCCUCCUCCUGUUUCAGAGCCAAUAACACCUUUAGUAACUGGGACUGAGGAAACAUCUGCACCACCUUCGAAUGUAGAGUCACCUGAGAGUCUUCCAAAUCCUCCGCCUACAGGUGAUGAGCAUGUAGCUAUACUUGUACCUGACCCUCAACCAGCUGUACCCAUAAAUGCUCCUUCACCAGUGUCAAGUGAACCAAUAACUGCUUCUCCACGAGUGGAACCCGGUGUUGAACCCCUAACACCACCUCCUGCCAUAACCUCGACGACUGAACCUGUAGCCAUUCCUCCUUCACCAACCACAGACCCACUUACUGAACCUGUAACAUCUAUAGAGUCCUCGGUUGAACCUGUAACACCUAUAGAGUCCUCGGUUGAACCUGUAACACCUAUGGAGUCCACGGUUGAACCUGUAACACCUAUAGAGUCCACGGUUGAAACUGUAACACCUAUAGAGUCCUCGGUUGAACCUGUAACACCUAUAGAGUCCACGGUUGAACCUGUAACACCUAUGGAGUCCGCGGUUGAACCUGUAACACCUAUAGAGUCCUCUGUUGAACCUGUAACACCUAUAGAGUCCUCUGUUGAACCUGUAACACCUAUAGAGUCCUCGGUUGAACCUGUAACACCUAUAGAGUCCUCUGUUGAACCUCUUACUUUAGCUGCUCAGCCAACAUCUGGUGAGUCCAUGGACUUACCUGUUGAACCUGAGGUUUCAACCUCCCCAAUCUCCAGACCUGCUCCCAUUCAGUCUGACUUGGAGGAGUCUGCUGUUUCGCAAUCUGGGUCUGCUUCAUCUGUGGUUUUGCCUGAUGAAAUGCCUUGCAAGAUGCAAAUGGGUCCAAUUUCCACUGGAGAUCCUGCAGUUCCUUGUGUUCACCUUGUUGAGGAACCUGUUGUGCCACAACUCGAGGUCUUUCUACUGCAAACACAUGUUGUGAAUGAGGAAAAGCUCAAAAGGCAGCUCAGAGAAGAUCUCCAGAAGCUCCUGAAUGAGGAAAUGAAGAUGGCAGAGCAUAACAUGCGACAACAGCUGGAGGAAGAGAAAGCUAAAGCGAAGGCCCAGGCUCAAGCUGCAGCCCGACUCCAGAUUCAGGAUGAGGCCCAGAAGCUUCUGGAAGAGGAGAAGGCAUCCUAUCAACAGACUCUAGCAGAUGCCAUCAGGAUGGAGCAGUUAAACGUUCAGGAUGAGUGUCUCAUAACUCAGUAUUAUUGGAUGGAGAGGAAGGCUCAGAAGCUGGAGGAGAAGGAGAAAGAUCUGGAAAAUCAGGACGCUCUGUUUCGGGAGCAGAUUGCCAAGAUGCAGGAAAAGAUGGCUCAGUUCACAAAAGUUACUGCUGAAAAUUACAAGAAAGGCUUAGAGGACGCACACAACCGCUUCGGGCGAUGCCAAAUCAAACCAGUGUGUUCAGAUCUGCAGAGUCAGAUACUGAAGUGUUACGCUGAGAAUAAAGGUCAAACUAUGAGCUGUUCCAACAUCGCAUCACUGUACAUUCAGUGUGUGGGCCGUGCCAGACAGGAUAAAAAGCUGAGCACUGGAGGUUAGCUUACUGGACUGAACAUCAGAUCUGCAGUGUCAUGGUGAAAGAAAAAAGGCCAUCACUGCAAACACACACACAUCUAAACCGAUCCGAUUAGUUUAAUUGUUUAUUACACAUUUCAGCAGUUUUGAAUAUGCAUUCUCUUGAAUAUGAGCCAUUAUUGGACCACUAUGCAGAAAUACCUCAACUAGUUUCAGACUUUUGUAACUGUGAACUCCUAAGCUAAAUGGUUUCAGGUGCUAUUGAGUGCUUUGUUUGUGUGUGGAGACAUGGUGAUUUAUUCUGUGCUCCUUCUUGUUUUAAAACAGUGCAUGGCCAAAAAGUACAAAGCGAUGCACAAUCUGGAAGCUGCUGUCUGAUGACAUGUUUUUGCAUAGUAAAAAGUUUGUGCCUUUUCCUUUGAUACCUAAUUUUAUGGGUAUUUUGGAUAAAUGUGAUUGAAAUCCAAGCUCUGCUGCUAAAAACCGAUCAAAUGUGUAAAAUUGGUAUUAAAGGAAUAGUUCACCCCAAAAUAAAAAUUUGCUGAAAAUGCACGCA